AUGGACGCAGUUGGACAACACCUCAGAACGUCUCCUCAACAAGUAUUCACCUACAAGUUGCAGCAACCUUUUAUAACUUAUUUUCCCGAUUCAGAUAUUGGUCAUGGUGAUGACGUGCAGUACUUGUUCAACACAGAAUAUAACAAGACUUUACAGCGAGACGAGGAUAUCUUCGUCAGCCGUAUCAUGGUGGAAAUCUGGACCAACUUUGCUACCACUGGGCACCCAACGCCAGACCGGUCUCUUGGUUUCAAGUGGGCACCGACGUUGUCAUCGAACAACGCAUACUUGGCAAUCACUUCCUCGCCUUUCAUGAAAACAUCCCAAGAUUCCAGGAUCCAUGAAUUUUGGAAAAACAUGCCGACCAAGAGUAACAAGAGGUUGUACCCUGAGAGCUUCGAGCCAACUGUGCACUAGUUUGUAGUAUGACAAAUAUACGAUCCGGCUUGGUGAUAAACAAGUAUUUUUCUUGUAACCUCCAGAAUCCCAAUAUAUGCGCCACCGCUGUUAAUCUCCUGCGUUAGUUUUCCUUGACAAGUUUAUUAUAACACCAAAAUAAAUGUACUAUAUAUCUACUAUGCUAGGGGUUUUCGCCCCCUACUUAUCCAAUCUCCAACUUCCUUAA